UUCGUAUAUUUCUUUCAUCCAAUUUUUGUUCGAUCUCUCUCUCUCAACUGAAUGCUUUUGGAGGUGGUAUAGUGUUUCAUGUUUGUGAAUCACAAGCCGUAUCCAAAGAUAAGAAAGAUGGGAAUCGGAAUUGGAGGUGCAACUUUGAAGCCCUCGACUUCUUCGCUCAAUUAUCUUCUCUUCAACCCGAAUCCCUUUUCCAGUUCAACCCGUAUUGGCGUCCGAAGAUCAUCAGUUGCUCACUGCUCUUCAGCUUCCGCUUCAAUUGUCACCCAUAAUCAAUCCCUUUCUCUUGGCCACUCCACUCGUCCCGAUUUUCCUAUUCUUCACCAGGAGGUAAAUGGGCGAAAGCUUGUCUACUUGGAUAGUGCAGCAACUUCUCAAAAGCCGUCAUCUGUAUUGAAGGCUUUGCUGAACUACUAUGAAGAAUACAACUCAAAUGUGCACAGAGGCAUACACUUUUUGAGUGCGAAGGCAACAGAUGGAUACGAGCUAGCAAGGAAAAAGGUGGCAACAUUCAUCAAUGCUAAAGAGUCCAGUGAGAUUAUUUUCACAAGAAAUGCUACUGAAGCAAUCAACCUAGUGGCUUAUUCUUGGGGUCUCUCUAAUAUAAGAGCUGGUGAUGAGAUCAUCCUUACUGUUGCAGAACAUCACAGUGCUAUUGUUCCUUGGCAAUUUGUAGCUCAGAAGACUGGCGCCGUUUUAAAAUUUGUGAGUUUGACCGAAGAAGAAGUUCCGGAUGCCAUGAAAUUGUUAGAGUUAUUGUCAAAAAAGACAAAGCUUGUGGUUGUUCAUCACGUCUCAAAUGUUCUUGCUUCGACUCUCCCCAUAGUUGAUAUAGUGCGUUCAGCCCAUGGUGUUGGAGCAAAAGUCUUGGUAGAUGCUUGUCAAAGUGUUCCACAUAUGGUAGUUGAUGUUCAGAGCCUUGAUGCUGAUUUUCUCGUUGCUUCUUCUCACAAGAUGUGUGGACCUACAGGUGUUGGAUUCCUAUACGGAAAAGAGGAACUCCUGGCAGCCAUGCCUCCUUUCUUAGGUGGUGGAGAAAUGAUUGCUGAUGUAUAUUUGGACCACUCCACCUAUGCUGACCCUCCGUCCAGAUUUGAGGCUGGAACGCCAGCAAUUGGAGAGGCUAUUGGCUUAGGAGCAGCGAUAGAUUAUCUAUCAGAAAUUGGCAUGCAGAAGAUACAUGAAUAUGAGGUGGAAUUAGCUGACUAUCUAUACGGAAAGCUAGCUGCUGUCCCUAAAGUCCGGAUUUAUGGGCCCGAGCCAUCCCAGACAGUCCGGCGAGCUGCUCUUUGUUCAUUUAAUGUGGAGAACAUACAUCCAACUGAUAUUGCCACUUUUCUUGAUCAACAGCAUGGAGUGGCCAUCAGGUCAGGUCACCAUUGUGCCCAACCUCUGCAUCGCCAUAUAGGGACAAAUGCUAGUGCUCGUGCUAGCCUAUACUUCUACAACACCAAAGAGGACGUUGAUCAUUUCAUCGAGGCACUUGAUGACACUAUUACGUUUUUUAAUUCAUUCAUGUCGAAAUGAAAAGGAAAGCUUGUAAUGUUAGUCAAGGCAUGUAAUUUGUUUUAGAGGGUUGUUUGAUCAUAUUGUACAUUUGGUGUGAUCCUGUAAUUCUAAAUGCAGCGUGUAAUUUCUGAUGGUCUUGGUUAAGUGUACUAACAUGGUCAAAUAAUCAUUUAGUCCACUCAAUGAUGUUUGAAGAUCUUGUUGAUGGGAAUAACAUCGUCAAAUAUCGUACAA